AUGGCUCGUACCAAGCAAACCGCCAGAAAAUCUACCGGAGGAAAAGCUCCUCGCAAGCAGCUUGCCACCAAGGCAGCCCGCAAGAGUGCCCCAUCAACUGGUGGAGUGAAGAAGCCCCAUCGUUACCGUCCCGGUACCGUGGCUCUCCGUGAAAUCCGUCGCUACCAAAAGAGUACCGAGUUGCUGAUCCGCAAGCUGCCCUUCCAGCGUCUGGUCCGUGAGAUCGCCCAAGACUUCAAGACCGAGCUCCGCUUCCAGAGCGCGGCCAUCGGUGCCCUUCAGGAGGCCAGCGAGGCUUACUUGGUCGGUCUCUUCGAAGACACCAAUCUCUGCGCCAUCCACGCCAAGAGAGUCACCAUCAUGCCCAAAGAUAUCCAGUUAGCCCGUCGAAUCCGUGGCGAGCGUGCUUAG